AUGUAUCGGGACGACAAUAUCAUGAAUAAUUGGGAUUGGUCCGGUUGUGGUGAAAACGUAUUCUACAUCGAAUGUAAAGUUGAUUAUGUACUCGAAAAAAUUGACAACGAUGAUGAAAAAGUUGUUCAUGAACUGAUUGAGUCCGCGGUGAAACCUUAUGUAUUUAAAUUUGAUUUUUUGACACAAUGCAGAAUUAAGGCACGAGUAAUUUGCAAUAUGUUAGGUAUCUCUGAAGACUCUGCUUCUGAUGUAGCUGAACAGGUUUCAACUUUUGCUACAUCACAGAUAAAUGAUCCUCAAAAUAGUGCUAGUAAAAUUGUGCCUAUAGUAAUGUCGUUUACUAUUAUUUAUGUUCAACAAGAUGGUGAAGAUAUUAAUACUGCUCGUGCUCGUGUUCUUCUCAAUACCAACACCGAGUUUCGUCUUCCUCCCAUUGUUCCUCCUCCUAAUCCAACAAACAGAGGUGUAAAUCCAUUUUCGUUUGAAAUAUUGUAUAGAUGGACUUUAAAACAUGGUGAUCCAGUACAUCCUAUGUGUUCCAUCUGUAUCAAUGAUCCUUCCCUUGGAGAGACCAUAGCAAUCUUACCGUGCUGGCAUUCUUUUCACUUACAUUGUAUCAUCAAAUGGCUGGAGAUAAACCACCGAUGCCCUAUGUGUCGUUGGUCCUUUUCAAAAAAAAUAGCAAAUAUUGGUACUGAUAAUGCCCCUUUUGACUAG